AUGGCCCAACCAUCCCAACCCACCCCCCCGGCCCCCACCAUCGAAACCAACGACCUCACCUACACCUUCCAAGACUACUCCACCGGCAUCUCCCACAUCACUUUAUCCCUGCCCUCCCGCUCGCGCACCCUGCUCAUCGGCGCCAACGGCGCCGGCAAAACCACCCUGCUGCGCCUGCUCGCGGGCAAGCGGCUCGCGCCCUCGAGCACCAUCCGCGUGGGCGGCGUGGACCCGUUCAAGGAGACGGUCGAGGGGGUGACCUACCUCGGGCUGGAGUGGGUGCUGAACGCGAUCGUGCGGACGGAUAUCGGGGUGGGGGAGCUGUUGCGCAGUGUGGGGGGCGAUGUGUACGCGCAGAGGAGGGAUGAGUUGGUCGCGGUGCUGGAUAUUGAUUUGGAGUGGCGGAUGCAUGCGGUGUCGGAUGGGGAGCGGAGGAGGGUGCAGUUGGCGAUGGGGUUGAUCAGGCCGUGGAGGGUGUUGUUGCUGGAUGAGAUUACGGUGGAUUUGGAUGUGUGGAGCAGGGCGCAGUUUUUGGGGUUUUUGAGGCGGGAGACGGAGACCAGGGAGUGUACGGUCGUGUAUGCGACGCAUAUUUUGGAUAAUUUGGCCGGGUGGCCGACUCAUUUGGUGCAUAUGCAUCUGGGGACGGUGAAGGCGUGGGGGAGGGCGGAGGAGAUGUUGAAGGCGGUAGAGGAGAAGGAUCCCGAGGAGGGGGAUGGGAUCGUGGGGAUGGUGGGGAAUAGCAAGUUGGGGGAGUUGGUGUUGCGGUGGUUGAGGGAUGAUUUGCGGGAACGGGGCCCCAGGAGCCAGAAUAAGCGCGGGCCGGAGGGCUGGUCGUAUAGUGUGACGGGUUUGGGGGGGUAUGGGUUCGAGCCCAAGGGAGGGAAGGAGGACGCUUGA